UCCUGUCAGCUGAUGCGGUGGGCGUGUUUGCGUCGCUGAUGUAAACAGAAAGGACCAUUUUGAUCAGAGAAAUCUAGAAGCCAGCGUACAGUAGCUCAUCAAAGCUUUCCUGUUUUCACCUAUGAAACGCCUUAAAUAGUACCUGCGCCAUGGACUUCUACAUCAAUCUGAAGGUGAAUUUCCGAGGGAAUGCGAAGAGUUUCUUGCUGUCUGGCUCGGAGACGAAGAGCUGGGAGUCUAUGGAGGCCAUGGUGAAAAGGUCUUUUGGCCUGUGUAAUUUACAACUGACGUAUUUCGAUGAGGAGAAUGAAGAGGUAUCAAUCAACAGCCAAUUGGAAUAUGAAGAAGCCCUAAAGAGUGCUGCACGACAGGGGAACAGACUACAAAUGAAUGUGUAUGAGACGAGGGGCAGUAGAGCCACAGUGCCAGGACCGGGCCCUCCACCAGGGUCGGGGGUGGGCUUGGCCCAGGUGAAACCUGGUACUGUUGGAGAACCCAAGAAGGGAUUCAGGCCUCCUCAGCACUGCCCUACUUUGGCACAAGUGGUGAGUCGCAAAGUUCAGGCUGCAGUUCCAGAGGAAGGAUUGGUAAUUGUAAAUGAAGUCAAAGGUGGGAAGGCAGAGGAUAAGACCCCCCCAGCUUGGUUCACUUCAUACAUGGAAAAGUUUAAGGAUCAAGUGGUUAGAGAGGCAGUAGAGAAGAUUUGUAGGGAGUUCUCUGGACAAUGCUGCAUCCAUAAGCCAGUGGGAACAGAGCCUCAGGUUCCUGAGGUCACCUCAUCCACUCUGCCUGGGGCCCCAAGUUCAGCUCCAGCCUGCAGUAGCUGUCGGGGUCAGACCGCAGGCGGUGGAUACCAAUGCAGUGUGUGUACCUCCUGCACUUUGUGUGAGCCAUGUAGCUUCUCACAUGAUCCAAGCCACAACCUUGUGAGAGCCAGAACUCCCCUGUCUAUCCCUGAGCACGGCUCCCCAGCACCAGAUCACAGCAGGUUCUACAGAAGGGGUGACCGGAGCUUUCGUAAGGCCGAGAAGCAGCGUCUUAAAGCUGAGAAGCGCCAGCUCAAGGCGGAGGUGAAGGAGAUCAGGAAGCAGCUGAGGAUGGAGAGGAGGGGGCUGCAGUGGAGCACUGUUGGAGAAGGGAGCUCUUCACCCGUCCUGCUGCAGCCACGUGCCACACAGGCAAAUAGCCCAGAUCGUCCUAAACGUCCAUGCCCACUUGCUGUGCCAGCUAUGACAGCUCUACUCUUGGAUGAAAACAUGCCUGAUGGAUCACGUCUGCGUCCUGGGACCAAGUUCAUCAAAUACUGGAAAAUGAAGAACAGUGGCAGAGUGUGCUGGGACUCUGAGACCAAGUUAAAGUUCAUGUGGGGGAACUUGGCAGUGGGCUCUGGUGAAAGAUGGCGGGAGGUCGCAGUACCCACACUACAGCCAGGUCAGGUGGGUGUCAUCAGCGUGGCACUUUGUGCUCCGACGUUAGAGGGCACCUAUACGUCCCAUUGGCGCCUGGCACACAGAGGAGAGCAGUUUGGACCACGUGUUUGGUGCAGCAUCGUUGUGGAUCCACACGCUCCGACAGCCAUCUGUGCUGACGGGCUACUGGUGUCUCCCUGUGUCACCCCGCAGGAGAAGUCUUCCCACACUCUUGAGAGGGAGGAGAAAUGCCGGGCUUCAAGGGAACAACUACUUUUGUCAGUAAACCAGGACUGUGAUCAGGAAUUCUACAUUCCAUCUAUAGACUUACUCACAGCUCAGGACUUACUGUCUUUUGAACUGCUGGACAUCAACAUUGUGCAAGAGUUGGAGAGUGUGCCUAACAACACUCCUGCAGACAUUACUCCAUGCAUAUCACCUCUGCCCCAUGAGGGACCUCUACAGGAGAAACCAACACUGGGACUCAUCCAAGAGGAAACAGAAGCCCAAGGGGUCAGCAGCAUCCUGGAUGCGGCCCAGGGGACAGAGUUAGAGGGCAUCCCAGCACAAGAGAAAGGAGAGGAGAGCAUCACUGGGCCUCAGUUUGUCAGUCCAUCUGUUAUCCGCUCUCUCACCCUGGAAGUGACCCGUGAAAUAGCAGAGCAUGGGGCGCUUUGUGGGAGAUGCCCAGCUAAAGUGGUGCGUCCAGCCCCCCAAGGUUCAGUGUCACUUUGUGAGAGGAAAUCAGAAAAGGUUUCAGAAACCGGGCUAAUAUCUGCUCCAGCCCUACUGAAAGUAGAGAUGGCACGAAUCUCCAGCCCAUCUUCACCACAGACAGAGACCACUGAUAUAGCUGCUCCCUUGCUGACCCUUCCAGCAGAGCUCACUAGCACAGAUGAGGGUCACGAGUCUGACAUCGAGCAGAUCCUGGUUGAACCUGCAGGUGGAGAUCCGGUAGAAGAGGGAGAGGAGGAAGUGGAUAAGAAAGAGCAAGUGAAGGACACAGAAGCAGCUAAGGAAACACGCAGCAGAACUUCAUCUGCUUCUUCAGAAGACUACAUUAUCAUCCUUCCUGAUUGCUUUGACACCAGCCGUCCAUUAGGAGAGUCCAUGUACAGCUCAGCCCUGUCGCAGCCUGGAGAAGAGCCUGCAGAGGGGGACAAAGUAGAAUCAGUGGAGACCGCAGAGCUCCAGAGCCCUGUUGCUGCUGUUAGUGUGGAUGCUAAUGACAUGCUCUGUGCUUCCCAGACUCUGGACACUGUGCCGCUCACCCCUGUGAUUGUAGUGGCACCACGAUCCUUGAUCAAAACUUGCACAGAGACACAAGAGCAGACAGAACAUGGAGCAGAGGAGCAGGAGAGGAGUAAUCCUACAGAGCCAGGAGAUAAGGAGAAAGACUCUGAGCCUAAUCAACCUGACCCUGAGAACUCAGUAGCAUCUGCUAAGUCUGAAACAGAAGAGCUCAGGGCUAAUAGCAUCACAGGUGGAUUGGUGAAGGGUGCCCUGUCCGUGGCAGCAUCUGCCUAUAAAGCUCUUUUCACUGGACAGACUGGGUCUGAGAAGCUCCCAGAAGAUGCAGCUUCUCAUGACGCCAUGAUGGCCGUGCUGGUAGAGAUGGGCUUUGGUGACCGGGCACUAAAUCAGCGUCUGCUACAGAAACACAACCGCAACCUGCUGGAUGUGGUGAAUGAACUGGUGCAGAUGACUGACAACGACUGGUACACAACACGCUACUGAGAUGCUGGUCAAUUAUUUUGUUUCUCUUAUAUCUCUGUUUUUUUUUUCUCUGUGCAAUCAGCAGCCCAUUCCAUGAUACAGACUCUUUCGUUCCAUUUGGGUUUUAAAGAUAGUGUUUGUAUGAAUCUGUCUGCUCCAAAGUGUAACAGAUAAUCAGUAGAGAAGCAGUUCAUCACCAUUAUAACUGUGCUUGUUAAAGUUUGUUGUUAGUGGGCAUUAAUGUUUUCACAAUGAUGAUCAUGGGUAGCUAAUGAACACUAAAAGUUAAUUAAUAAUCCCAAACUAUUCAAGAAAUAUGCCAUGCUUUUAAUAAAAACUAUUUAAAAGAUAGUGUAUUUAACAACAAAUCAUUCUAAUAGUUAAAUAUGAAAAGCUCUGCAAUGUGACUGAAUAUUUUUAAUAUGUAGAGUGAUUUGUGUUACUAGGUUAAGAAUAGGUUUUGGAAAAGAGCAAUCGAUCUGGCUUUGUGUGGACUCUUAAUCAUCAGCCAAGACCAAAUAGAUUAAUGACUAUGUCAUCUUUACAUGGACAAAAGAUGACAAAUUAAACUAUUUCUUACUGGAGAAGUCAAUAUUAAGUGUGUGAAUGUGUGUUUUUCCUCAGUAAUUUUGGAAUUAUUAUAUUGAAGACCAUUGAUUUGUUUCUACAAAGUCCACAAGUUAGGGGCACAUAGUGCACUUUGUUAAUGCAUUGCCAUUUAAAUAUAUGAAAAAUGUCAUGGCUUGAAGCAACAAUGCAUUUGAAUAGUUAAAUGGACUAAACUGGACAGUGUAGAGUAUAUUAAUUCAUGCUUUAAACGGUUAAAGAGGCAAAUGCAAUCAUGACGUAUUUAACUCCUAUUUUACAUGGUAAGACGCAUCAAAGUGAGAGACAAAAACAGUCAACUGUUCAUUCCAAAAAAUAAAAAAUCAAAUAAUGCAAAUUAUAUAUAUUUUGAUAAUUAAGUAGCUAUUGUAUUUAGUGUGAAGAAUAUAUCUCAGCACUUUUCUUCAACGGGAGAUUUUGAAACUAACUACUGUCUAGAGCAGGGGUCGCCAGCUGGCAGACUCCGUCCGAAUCCGGACCGUGAAGCCUUUGACAUAAUGAAAAAAAUAAAUGCCAAACGCUGUUUUAUAAUGAAAUCAAAUUUAUAUCAAGCACAUCAAGGUCAGCUCGGUAGAGCCGUUUGGGUCUUACGGUGCCACAGGUCGCUACUGUUUUAACUGUAGCUACGUUCAGACGUGCAGUGAAGAGAGCAGAGCGCAGACAUGAAACUUUCAGUGAGUGAAAACAAUGACAUUCUCGAAAAUAAGGAAAAUUGACAGGUACUUAAAAAGUUUUAAAUUUAAGGCCAUAAAAAGUCUUAAAUGGUAUAAGAAAGUCUUAAUUAUGAUUUCAGGAGGACUUAAAUUGCAGUACAGCUUAAUAUGACGAUUAAACUUAAAAGGCAAUGAUUUUAUUGAUUAAACAUGAGAUCUGCAAGUUUCAAAAUCAGCUGCUGCUUUGUUUACUGCACUUACCAGGGAAACUGCUGUAUUUCUGCCGUUCCGAAAGCGCCUCCUGCUGGCAGAGAAUGAAUGUGCAUUUUCAAUAAUCCAGUCUGCUGUUUUCCUUCAGAUGAUGUGAAAAUCAACCUAUGUUUUUAUGUUACAAACACGUAAAUGUGAACUGGUGGAUCAACAAGAUGAUAAUGCAUUAUAAAAAUCUAAACAAUUAAGACAGUAACAUAUUUAUAUGUUAUUUAAUUAAUAUAACUGAUACUUUUGACUCCAUUUUCUUAAAAAAAAGGUUUAAAGGCUGAAAUUCUAAGUUUAUCAUUUUAUAAAACAUUUUUGAUUUUGUGAAAACUUGUGUCUGAACUGUACAUUUUUAGAGUCAUUUUAUUUGUGCAGGUCUUAAAUUUGAGCUUAAAUAUCCUGCAGAUACCCUGGUCUUGCAAAAAUCAAUUCAUGUUUUUAGGCAUAUAAUUGUCCAGACCUUGCUGGUGAGCAGGGUUCAUUACUGGACCUCAAGCAAUUUUAGUUGAAGACUCCUGGUCUAGAAUGUGGAAAGCAUUCCCUAUAAAUCAUUUACUGUCUCCUGAUUUGCUUUAAUCCAUGAAGCUCCAUCACCGAUCAUCACCCACUUGUUUUUCCAGAGCUAGGGUUUAAAUAUAUGUUUUAGCACAUUCCUUAGGAAAGCCGUAAGAUGGUCUUGGUGCUUGCAGCAAUCAGUAGAGGUUCUGGGUGGAACUGUCUGGAUCAAGUGAUUGUAAAGCAUAAUCAGUGAAGGCAGAUGUGCCUCUGUGUUUGAUGCCUGAAUGGAGUAUUCGGUGUCUCUGCAUCUAAUGUAUACAUCUGUCUGUAAUAAAUAUCCUAAUAAGUCUUA